UUGGUUCUUUUCUUUAUAAGGGGUGUCAGAAUCUUCGGCUUGGAGGUUCUUCUUUUAAAAUUGCGAAUUUGUGUGCGGUAAAGCAAAGCAGAUAGUAGUAGUGUAGUAGUACCCUGGCCAUUCCUUGCCCCAUUUUGUUUCCUUUCUCUACUUUUUAUUAUUGAUCCCAUUUUCUUCUUUUGAGAUUUUGAGAUCGCUUUCGAUCUUGCUCUGAUCCCGAGCCUCCUUCUCAAUACCACUUUUUCUUUUUCUCUUUUCCUCCCUUCUGUUUCCCCACCAAAGAUAUCAUUUCUUAGACCACCAAACUGCUAAAUUUAAGUUCCCUUUUAUUUUUCUUCUGCUUCGCAUUCUCAUCUGUGCCGUUGCUGCAUUUCUUCAUUCAAUUUGGGGCUUCCAUUGGCUGGCGUUGCUCUGUCACUGUUUCAUUCAAUGAAAGUGAUUGCCUCAAACGCGUGACCAGAAAAGACGAGGGUAUAAUUAAAAAGAGUAAAGAAAGAUGUUUACGUGUAUAGCGUGUACGAAGCAAACGACGGAUGAGAGGGAGGAAGAAGGAGGAGUCCGUGAGAGUGGCACGCCGAGUACAAAAGAAGCUGUCAAAAGCCUGACCACACAGAUAAAGGAUAUGGCACUGAAGUUUUCAGGUGCUUACAAACAAUGCAAACCCUGCACAGGGUCCAGUAACUACAAGAAAGGACAUAGACCAUAUCCAGACUUCGAUACCAUCUCAGAAGGGGUUCCAUACCCUUACAUUGGGGGUGCAAGCUCAAGUUCAACCCCUGCUUGGGACUUCACAACCUCUCACUACCCUGGUGGUAGAUCAGACCCACGAUUUACUGGGGCAUUUGGUGGUGACCGCACGCCUAGAGGACGAGACUCAGCAUCAGUUUGUGAUGUAGUCUUAGAGGACGAGGAUGAGCCUAAGGAGUGGAUGGCAGUGGUGGAACCAGGGGUUCACAUUACCUUUGUGUCUCUUCCUAAUGGGGGAAAUGAUCUUAAAAGAAUUCGCUUCAGCCGAGAGAUGUUUAAUAAAUGGCAAGCGCAAAGAUGGUGGGGUGAGAAUUACGACAGAAUCAUGGAACUUUAUAACGUGCAGAGAUUUAAUCGACAGGCACUCAACACUCCUCCAAGGUCUGAGGACGAGCCAAGAGAUUCUACCUACACAAGAUUGACAUCUGCACAGGAAAGUCCCAUGGCCUCAAACAAGGAUUGGACCCCCAGGAGUCACUAUAAACCUUCUGGGAGCAGAGGAUAUUACCCCUCUGAACCGUUGGAUCAUGGUGGAGGUGGUGGGCACUUCCAUGCAGGGCCAUCUAUGGAACCAGCGAGGGAUACUACUGCUUCUAGAGAUGAGCCUUCUAUCAGCAAUGCCAGCGAAAUGGAGGCAGAAUGGGUAGAACAAGACGAGCCUGGGGUUUACAUUACAAUCCGGCAGUUAGCUGAUGGGACUAGGGAGCUUCGACGUGUCAGAUUCAGCCGGGAAAGAUUUGGUGAGGUGAAUGCAAAAACAUGGUGGGAAGAAAACAGAGAGAGAAUACAAGCUCAAUACCUUUGAAGUGUAUUCCUAACAAAAAGUGGAAUCCCCAAUUUUGUCUCCAAGAAAAUGUUACGGUAUGACUCCAGAUUAAGGAGUGAAGUGAGUCCUAUACAGAAAAGAAAACUGGACUUGUGGUGACUCCAUUUUUGCCAAGUAUCAGUCGCCAUUGGAAUGGAUUGGGAGGUCUAAUCUUUAUUACAAAUCACAUAUAUAUUUUUUAUCCUCCUAAUUUCCCUGCCUUGCUUUCUUUUCAUUUUAAGGGAUGCUUUUUUUCUCAUCACAGUUGCUGUUCCAUUAAUUUAUCACCAUUUGUUUAUUUUUUUUAUCUCCCAAGUGGAACUGUGUUGUAGCUGCUUACCAAAUGGUUGCCUCUUAUAACGAGAGAUCAAAGAAAUUAAGCGAAACACACUGGUAUUUGUUAA